ACGUUUCCCCAUUGAAAAGGGUUCUCUUUUAAGUGUAACAACGGUUGUGGUGUUACACGAUUACAGUCUCGGCAUUAGUUCUCAUUUUUUUCAUGUUCAGUUAUGGAAGGCAGACACAGUCGGGGACGCGGUGGGUAUUGGAAAAGAGGAAGUGGAGGUGGAGGUGAUGCUGAGGCCGGCAGUUCGGGAGAGCACCGGGGUCGCGGAAGAGGAGACCACCACCAUCGAGGAAGAGGCAAACGGGAUCAUCGUAGAGGAAGAGGGGGAGAGUUAGGACCUCCUGCAGAUUUUCGACGAAAUCAAGAUGACAAUGACAAAGAAAACUUUGAGCAAGAGGAGGAGGACAACACCUUCUCUAGGCGAAAGCUUGAGUCCAACUGGGACCGUUAUAAGGAAUCCGAGAAAGAAGAAAUUCAUGAAGAUGUUCCUGCACAGAGAGGCACAGACUAUCAUGUCCUCCUCACUUCAGCUGGGGACUCGUUUACACAGUUCAGGUUCUCUGAUGAGAAGGACUGGGAGGUGGACUCGCUAGCAAAAAAUCAGAUUCCAGCUUUGUUUAUAGACCUGCCAGCUUUAACUCAGUCACUUCAAGAGCUUCCACUGCACAUAAGACUGAACCUGGAGGCUGAGCUUGUGCAGGUGACGACUCCCAUUGAACUUCCGUCUGUGACAGUGCCUCACAGAACCGACUCGACUCUAACAGCUGGAUCGAAAGCUCCUCAGGCAGGUGUAAAGCCUGUUCCAGGUACCACACCGUCUCUCAGUGUCUCCACAGCCGUCCCUCCUGCCACAGAUGAUGCUGACCAGGAACUCGACCUUCUCCUCGACUUGCAGAAACCCAUCACAGAAAUUACUUUAGUCGAAUCCCACGCUACAACAGAUGAUGUGCUAAACAGCCCAACACAAGGUUCAGGAGAAGAAGAGAGAAAAGAUCAAAUGGUUGAUAUGAAAGAAACGAAGCCAGAAGUGGAAAGUGAAGCUAAACUUAUGAGGCAGGAAGUGACAGAGGAGGAUCUGGAGGACUGGCUGGACAGCAUGAUCUCCUGAUCCCAGAGAAGCUGACACAGCGUUACUUCUGUGUGGACGUGAACAUCAUACCGCCACACUUCAUUAAGUCUAAUAGCCAAGACUAAUUCAGUCAUGUGGAAUAUAAAAUGCUUCAUCGAAGUAUUACUCAAAAAAAGUGAUGUAAUGCUGUGUAACACAGUAUUUCAGACCCAUCAUAUUCUCGCUCAUCACUUGACUCUGAUUAAAAGCAGUUAUGACCAGCUUGGAUUUAUUGCAUUAGCUACUUUAUUUUCAUUCCCCCUGCUCAAAACAAAUGCAGAUCACCAAAGCCACUACAUACAUACAAAUGGCCAUACAAUAGCAGUUUAGUGUAUUGACUUCUGUUCAAUAAAUGUAAUUGUUUUUGUCCUCGAAUGUAGAUUCCCAUUACUAGUACUUCAUAAAUGAUCAGGUCACACACGAUUUCAGUUAUUUAACCUUAACCAAACAUUAAAAAAGCAGUGUAAUGGUUACUCGUGAACAAACGUCAACUAAAGCUACAAAACUACUAAACCCAGGUGAGACAGUCAGUGAUAGUUUAAACUAAACUGCAAAUAGUAAAACAUACGAGCAGGAACAAAAUGUUUGCAUAGUCUCUUGUCAUAAGGCACUUUUCUGUAUGAGAAACAGCUAGUGGACUGAAGCAGUUAUAUGAUCGUUAUAUUGCUCAUUCCACCAGUCAGGUUACCGUCCUUAACGCCAUUGCACAGUCUUCAUAGUCUUAGUUUUUAAAUCGUGUGUUUUAAAAAGUGUUUUUGGCACUCAUUGAAUCCUAAGAAGGUAUUCUUGUGCAUAUUUGUGUAGACGUUCAUUCAACAUCAAAAAACAUACACAUGUUAACAUCUCACAAGUUUGUGUGCAUUUGUGAGUUAAGCAAAUGAGGCAUUUUCCCACAUUUUUUUUAUCAAACAUGGCUUUGUGUCUUUAUUUGGCAAUGUGUGCUACAUGUUUUUGUUGUUUUUUUUCCUCAGUGUUGCACUUGAGUUCACAUUUUUGGCUCGAUCAGAAUGAGUUCUCAGUAUGUCGCUGUCAUUUCUGGUGUAGGAACGAUUGAGGUUGUUUUGAUUGGAUGAAUUAGUGAGCAGAGUAUGAUGAGAGAUGGUUUAGGAUGUUGUGUCCAACCUG